AGGGAAUAUUCUAUCCAGAAGACAAAUUUUACUCUCAGAUUCCAAAUAAAGAAGAUUUCGUAGUUCAGUUGCCACGCAUUUUGUUUCCCUCGGAUGCCCUAAAUGCAAACCUUUUAUCUCUUCUUCUACAACCUCUUUCAGGCCUUGGGAUGGCUAAUUUCUCUAUUCAAAAUUUUGGGCAACUUCUUGUCGACUAAAUCUGUCAGUGGGACUUACGCUUCUGCCGGAGAACUAAUUCGUUUGUUGCAAGCUAUUGCAUUCUUGGAAGUUAUUCAUGGGGCUAUUGGCAUUGUUCCCAGUGGUGUGUUACUUCCUUUGAUGCAAUGGGGUGGAAGGACUCACUAUUUGCUUGCUAUCGUUCGUCGUAUUCAUGAGGUCCAAGAAUUACCAUCAGUUUUCAUAACAUUUUUUGCUUGGAGCUUAUCUGAGAUAAUCAGAUAUUCGCAUUAUGCUUUGAAUUGCCUGGGCACUCCUCCCUAUUGGAUCACUUACACAAGGUAUACUGCAUUCAUUGUCUUGUAUCCAAUUGGAGUUUUUCCUGGUGAAAUGUGGCUCAUGUACCAAGCACUUCCAUUUAUAAAGAAGAAAAACCUCUAUGCGAAUAGACUCCCUCUCAACUAUUAUUACUUUGUUGUGAUCAUAAACAUGGUCUAUAUUUUCAUUUGGAGAAUUACUGGUUUUACACUUAAAAAGGCUCUGCUUCUUAGCUAUCCAUUUUUGUGGUCGAAGCUUUACCUUCACUUAUUCAAUCAACGACGGUCAAAACUGGGUAAACACAAAAAGAAGCAAAACUGAACUUGUACAGCCAUGUCAAGGCACGGCAAACCGGCGCCAUGCCUGUAGAGAAAGUGGGCUGGGAAGGGGCUGGCUGUGCAUGCUCAGCCCGGCUUACUUAAAGAGUUAUCAGGCAAUUCUUCUUGGUCUGUGGAUUGUGAUCACAGAAUCUGUCAAUUUAUUAAAGAUUGUUUAUCUAUAGCGAGAAUAAGAACAUGGACAAAGGAAAAAUGUCUUGAAUGUGAAAUCUUGACAUGGUUAGACUUGUAGUUUAAGAAGUUAUUUGGCAGUGUUUUUCUGAUGAA